CAAAUGCCGGAGCUGCCGGGGAGAGUGACCCGCUCAAAAUGGCGACGGGAGCAGGACGUAUCGUAACAGGAAGCAGUACGGCAGCUGCGCAUGCGCAGUGGCGCACUCCGGGUCCCUGUAAAGAUGUCUGAGCAGGCGGGGAGGGAGCGGAGCGGAGGAACCGAAACAAACGGACAGAACCCGCGUCUCUCCGCAAUUUAACCAGUCAAGGUAAGAGCAGGCGGUCGUGUAGAGCCGCUCCGACGGGACCGAGACGCGACGGAAGGUUUCGGCCUUCGGGUGGCGCGCAGUACCUGUGCGUAGCGUAGCUGAGUUUGUAGUAAAGAACAGAAAUUAUGUGCGGGACGCGCAGCCCUGUGGCAGGGGCGUGUCCGCCAUCUUGUCUAAAGUGGCGCCUUAACGGCAGCUGUCGCUUUUGAGCGGAGGCCGGGCGGUUGGCGCAAAAUGGCCUUUAAUGGUGGAACUUGAAAGACGUCCCGUUGGCCUCGCUAUGUUAUUAAGGCACUUUUUCCCGGUUCGGACCCGCCGUGGACCUACACCGAGUGCUGCCGUGUCCGUGUGUUCUGCCGGGGCUUCCGAGAGGCAGCCGCAGCUUUGUGUUGCCCCCCCUCUUUUUCACCCCCUCCUUCUCUUCUCCUCCUCCGUGUUUGUUUGGAAAGCCUACCGUGCGCACGCGCGUUACCGCAAGCCCUCGUUCCUGCGUACAAAAACGAAAACAUCAGAAUUUAUAUAAUGGAUUUACCCAGCGCUUUUAUUUUACUGCACGUACACGGACACGGCGUGACCUUAAAUGUCGAUUUCUUUCUUAAAACCAGCUUUGAACGCAUAUCGGUCCGCUUUGCCGCCAGAUUCAGACGGUCCGUCAUCAGCCUGCUGACGUCAGUCUGUCCCAGUCCGUCACAAUUUUUGAUUCAUUAGAUUAUUUCCCCCUUAAUCGAUUUAUCCGUUGCCUAUUUUUUAAUCAGUUUGUUUCACAAUACAAAAGAUGAUCACUUGACUACACAUCGAUCAGCGCUGAAAGACCGUGAUCAGAUUUUCCUUUUUGAUUUCCUCAGUCAGCAUAACGAUCUGGGUGAAGUGUUUAAGCAGAUUUAAGUUUGUUUCAGUUUGUCAUUAUACCAACCAUUAUAGUUUAACAGCAAUCAGCAAAUUGUAAAUAUACAUUGUUUUAAAGGGGUAACAUUUAGUAUUUCUGAUGGUUUACUAACUAUUUUGGAGAGGGGGGCAAAAAUAGAUCCUUGUAGACCAGGUUCUAUAAUGUAACAACAAAAUGAUCCAUUAGAUCUACUGAUCUAGGUCAUCAAUUAGUAUCAGGAACAUUUAUUGCCAAAAAAUGUUAGACAUACAAGGAAUUUGACAUGUCGGUUGGUGCAUAACGUUGAACAAUGAGACAAUGGACAACAAGACCAAUACCAAAAGCGUCAAAACAAUUGUAUCAGAGAUCUGAAAGUGACAACCAGCGACUCUUAUAUGGCCAAAAUAAAUCCUUGAUUAUUAAGGCAGGUGAUGUCAUUCUAACAAGCAGCUGAGAUGUCCAAUGACAGCCAGGGAUUGGUGAAAGGGGAGGCGGCCGUCAGAGCCCCUCCCCCUUUGGGUUCCGCCUCCUCCCAGGGGCCGCCCCUUUCUCCGUCCUCCACCUCCAAACCACCUGAGCUCCCAGAUGAACUGGUCCAGGCUGGAUGGGCUAAGUGCUGGUCUCGGAGGGAGAACCGACCGUAUUAUUUCAACAGAUUUACCAAUCAGAGCCUGUGGGAGGUCCCAGUGCUGGGUCAGCAUGACGUCAUCUCUGAUCCUUUAGGCCUGAACGCCGCUCCUGCGGAGGGCGGAGGCUGUGUCCCGGGGAACGGUCAGAGGAAGAGGAGGAUCUCUGAGGAGCAGGGGGCGGGACCUAACAGCAUCAAGAGAGUCAAGGUGGAACCCACCACCCCCAUCUCUCCCAGCACUGCAGGGGUCAAACCCUGGAACUCCACCACUGAGGAAAAGCCAGCACAACCAGCCACACCCACAACUCCAAGCCCCGCCCCUGCGGUAUACAGGCCAGCCUUUAUCUACUGGGAUCUAGACUUGCAGACCAACGCGGUAAUCAGAGAGCAUCCGCCCGACAACAACCUGCUACCCCCUCACCCCGAGAUCGAGCUGCAGAGAGCUCAGCUGGUCACCAAACUUCGGCAACACUACCACGAACUGUGUCACCAGAGAGAAGGUAUUGAUCCGCCCCGGGAAUCCUUCAACCGCUGGCUACUAGAGAGGAAACUGAUCGACAAAGGUCACGACCCCUUACUGCCGAGCGACUGCGAGCCUGUCAUCUCCCCGUCCAUGUUCAGAGAGAUCAUGAACGACAUCCCCAUCAGGUUGGCACGUAUCAAGUACAAAGAGGAGGCCCGGAGGCUGCUGUUUAGAUACGCUGAAGCUGCCAAGAGGAUGAUUGACUCCAGGAAUGCGAGUCCAGACAGGAGGAAGGUGGUGAAGUGGAAUGCUGAAGACACCAUGAACUGGCUGCGCCGAGAUCACUCCGCCAGCAAGGAGGACUACAUGGACCGUCUGGAGCACCUGAGGGAGCAGUGUGGUCCUCACCUCACCGCCGUCGCCAAAGACUCUGUGGAGGCAAUCUGCUCAAAGAUCUACCAGCUCUCUGCAGAGUACAGCCGCCGGCUGAGGCAGACGCAUCUGAGUCUGCUGCAGGACCCCCCCACAGAGGCAAGUGCGUCCCCCCAGCAGUCCCGGUUGGUCUACUGUUACCCGGUGCGUCUGGCGCUCCCCUCGCCGCUCCUCCCCCGGGUCGAGCUGCACUUUGAGAACGACAUGGCUUGCCUACGCUUCAAAGGGGAGAUGGUCAAAGUCAACCGGGGUCACUUCAGCAAACUGGAGCUGUUGUACCGGUACAGUUGUAUAGACGACACGCGCUUCGAGAAGUUCCUGUCCAGAGUCUGGUGCCUCCUCAAGAGAUACCAGGUCAUGUUUGGCAGCGGCGCUAACGAGGGGACGGGUCUGCAGGGGGCGCUGCCGGUGUCGGUGUUCGAGGCGCUGAUUCGCCAGUUUGGUGUCUCCUUCGAGUGCUUCGCGUCACCGCUCAACUGCUACUUCAAACAGUUUGGCUCCGCCUUCCCCGACAUCGACAGCUUCUUUGGAUCCAGAGGGCCCUUCCUGUCCUUCCGUCCUGUCAGCGGUUCAUUCGAAGCCAACCCUCCCUUCUGUGAAGAGCUGAUGGACGCCAUGGUGGCACACUUUGAGGAGCUUUUGGACAAGUCCUCGGAGCCUCUGUCCUUCAUUGUCUUCGUCCCAGAGUGGCGUAACCCCGUGACCCCAGCCUUGACACGCAUGGAGGCCAGUCGAUUCCUGCGUCACCAGCUGAACGUCCCGGCCUACGAGCACGAGUAUCGCUCUGGGAGUCAGCACAUCUGCAAGAGGGAUGAAUUGUACUACCGGGCGGUACACGGUACUGCUGUACUCUUCCUCCAGAACGACGCCGGUUUUGCGAAGUGGGCGCCGACUCCAGAACGUCUGGCCGAGCUGCUGGCAGCGUACCGCCCCUCACAGCCCGCCUCCCUCUCCUCGCCCGGCCCCGCCCCUAAUACCCCAGGAGAAAAAGACUCCACCCCCAAGACCGCUGAAAGGACGCAGAGCGGGGUGAUCUCACCUGUUAGUCAUGACGAUAACAACAACACAAAUAGCAACACAACCCCCCCCACCAACACCAACAACAGUUGUAGCAGCAGCAGCAGCAGCAGCAGUCCUCAAGAAAAGAUGGCCGCCGUGUGAAGGUGGCGAGCUUGGAUCGCCACCACGUCCCUUAUUCUGUGUAAAGUUUCUGUUUUUGAUCGUCAGAUUGUCCCUCACCAGCACCUGUAGCAUCUGUCCACAUGCAGUUAUGGAUCACAGCCAAUCCUUUCACCGUCCCCUCACACAAGCUUUUCUGAUUGGUCGCAGCUGUGACAUCAAAGGGGAAGUUGUGAGCGUUGCGGUUGCCCAGCAACAGGAAGCCGGUUUAGAUAACGUAGCUGAGCUCCAGCAAUAAAAACCUCUUCAUUCUCCUGUGAUGUCACUGGAAGACUUCUGAUUGGUCCUCCGCACCGACAGGGCUUGGUGGUUGGUCAACAAGGCAGCUAUCAUUUCUAUUGGACCCGUCGGUCCUCGUUGAGAGGGAACGUCUACAGGUCCCGCCUCCUCGCUUCGGUCUGACCAGUCGACAAAUGUCCUUCAGAGCAUGAACCCGCCAAUACUGCGGUGCAUUGUGGGUAACUCAUUGGGCAGGAGUAGGCCCAGCUUUCGCAGUGACAUCGUAGUUGCUGCCAGUCUGAACUGAGACUCUAACCUGGGAAUCGAACUGACGUCCCGUCACGCUUGCUAUGGUGCUGUUAGCCACCGGGCAGUGUGACCCGAGACGUGACCGGUGUUUGGCACCAGGUGGAGAGAAGUUAUUUCAGGCUUCCUGAUCUGUCUUCAUUCACCAAAUCCCGUUUACCACCUAAAGCGGCUUUAUUUCUCAUUGUGUCAAUAUGCUUAAAAAAAUAUAUAUAUAUUUUUCCUGUCGUGUCCCCUUUUUUGGAUAUAUAUUUUUACCUUUUUCUAGAAAAAUCUUCUAAUAAGAUUUUCUUUGUUCUAAAUGUAUUUGCAUUUAACACCAUUAAUAUUGCUGAACAUCAACUUACUAUCUGGUUUGAUUUUAGUUAUGAACCAACAGAUCUUCAAAAGCAAGCCGUUAUUAAUGAAAACACUGAAGGAACAGCGACUCACACUUCCUGACUCCACCGUGGAUGUAAAACAAAACUGGACACCGGACCCCAAGACGAAAGAGUUUCUAUGAGAAUUGCUUCCUCUGAAUGUUUGUUCCUUAUCCGUGUUACGCACAGUAGUCGCUCCCUCGCCCCGCCCCCAAAUUCCAGCCUCGCCCACAUGCUUUGCGUAAUGAUUACUUUUCAAAUACAAUCUUUGAUCGAUCAAAUUAUGUAUGAUGGAGUUGCAGUUUGUGGUUUUACGACAUCCCUUUUCUGAUGGCUGUCUAUUGUGAUAUGUUUUUUUUCGGGGGGCGCUGCAGUACCGCACGCUGCCACUGGGGCAUCACACAUCCUGUUCUCUGAUUGGCUGAUGGUGCGUACGUUUCUGCGAUUUUGGUGUCCUCCCUGGCUGUGUACAUAAUGUACAGUUAAACUGAUAUGUAGUCUUUAUGUUUUCAUCAUCUGCUGUUAAAGUCAUCAAAAACAAAAUUGAAUUGUUCAUUUCUUUUUAAUUUUUAAAAAUGGGGAUCUGUUCUGUAUUAUACAGCUUAUGAUAGUUUGUUUUAAACUAAACCAAAGUGUUAUUAAGAAAAUCUAUACCUUGUAUGUAAAGGUAGACGUGUGUAUGCAUCAGUAAUGCUGAGGUCUAACCAGCAGAAUACUCCACAUUAUUUUUAUAAUUCUCCGCUGUUCUCUUUUCAGUAACUGUUUUUGGGGGAUAUUUUGGGGUUUUCUUGUGCAUGAAACCUUUUGGACUCUAGAUGAUGUUCGUAAUCCUGAAUGUGUCUUUGGGCUGCGCCGCGUCUCGAGAUGUUUCUACGACUUGCUAGUUUUAGCCGUUAAAGUUUUCCUUAAAUGAACACUCCAACAUUUUGGUAUAUUGUGUUUGCUGUUUGAUUUGUGGGAAGGUGGAUUUAAAAAAAAAAUUGUAUUGACGCUAAGCUAAAAGUUUCCCCGUGCUUUGGGGAUUUGUGCUAAACCUCGAUAAUGUUGGACGGUCUCUUUCAUAUUUAUGGAAAGCCAGAAAUCCUUUUUGAAGAUAUUUUAUUGUAAUUAAGAUUAAUAUUUCUGGGAUUAAAAUGAAUUUGAUUUGUUUUCCAGUCUUUAUGAAUUCUGCAUUUCAUAAAUUCAAGAAAACAAAUUUCCAUUGGUAUAAUUUUACAAAAAAUUAUAAUAAUGAGGAAAUUGAGUCGCGAGAGAAUUUAUAAUUUAAAGAUUUUCAUCCCAAAACCUGUAAUUUCUUGUAAUUGAGAUCCGUGUCUAAUAAUUACAUCAUGUCUUUUAUUUAUCACGUAAUUGAUAGAACAUCUUUUCUUAAUUCUGAGAAAAGAUAUCCUGACAGAUUUCUUUGUAUUUGUGAUAUUCAUAUUUCAUAAUUACAAAAUAAAAUAUCUCCUAUAAAAUGAUAGUUAUGAUGUUCUCUUAAGAGAAACUAGUCUUGUAAUUACUAUGUGAUGCCGUAAUAAUGACAAAAAGAUCGCAAUGUAAGAAUUCUGUCUCACAAUCAAAUCAUUUCAAAGUACUGGGGAAAGUUACAUUAUACUUGUGAAAUUAUCAUUUAUGAAUGGCUUCAUUGUUAAAGCUUUGAUUAACAGAUAAUGCCUUGUGAUAAUAGGCUUAUGAAACAACAGUCACAAUUACAAGAUGACGCAUUCAGUAGUUUUAUUUUUGCUGAAAACCAUGUUCCUUCUGUUGUCUCGAUUGAGACCAGCGAUGCUGUGAAUGUGAAGUGGCCGGAGGUGUGAUGUCACGCAGCGACAUUGCAGAGCUGCAAAAAAACAAACCCAAUUGUGUUUUAUGGUUUUAUUGUCCUCUCAGCUGGAGAAUGUAAAUAUAGUCUGUUCUUUGAUCCUGCAAAGCAAAACGCAGCCUCACUCUUCCAGUAAAAACAUACCCAACCCAGUGA